AUGCUAGGCUAUUUCCUCUUGUACAGUGCCUUUGUUGGCUCAGUCUUUGCGGGCACAAUAAUAUGGGAUGGGCGUUUCAACGACAUGACAUCCUCCGCGGAUCUCAACAAUUGGUCAUGGGCCAAUCAGGUUGGCAACUAUCAGUACUACAUUCAUGGCAGCGGUACUGUCGACAAAUAUUUGAACCUGGCUACAUCAUACAAAAAUCCUGCCGAUACAGGUUCAAAGCAAGGUGCCAAAAUCACCCUCGAUAGCACUGCGAAAUGGAACAGUGAUAUGUGGCGCACUGAACUUAUCCCCCAGACUACCGCCGCAAUCAACAAGAAUAGAGUCUACUAUCAUUUCUCCAUGAAGCGUUCUACCCUGAAUGCUCCCAGUGUAAAUCACGAGCACCAAGUGAACUUCUUUGAGUCUCACUUUACCGAAAUGAAGUAUGGCUGGGUCAACGGCGAAUCUGGCACAUCGAAUCCUAAUCUGCAAUGGUUCGUGUCCGGCCAAUCCAAAUGGAGCACUCCCUUCGACGCAGAGGUAUGGCACAACGUUGCCUACGAAAUCGACUUCGCAGCUGGCUCUGUAUCAUUCUGGCACUCUACUGGUAGUGCGGCGCUCACGCUGACCGCCGGUCCCAUUAGUACAUCUACCUCCUCAAAUGGUGCGGACUGGCACCUGGGCGUACUGCGACUGCCGCGUAGCGGAUAUGAUACCACGAAUUCAGAGGAUUGGUACUUUAGCGGUGUGUAUGUUGAAACUGGUAGCUUGACGACAGGAGUGGCGAGCCCGGGAGUUGCAGGCGGAGGGAUACCUGUAGUGAGCUCUACGCUGACGAAUGCGCUGCCAAUAACUAUGGUGCCCACAAGUACUGUACGGACGACUCUUAUCACGUCUUCAAAGCCGGUUGUGACAGGCACACCUGUGGCCCAGUAUGCACGGUGCGGAGGGGCGUCGUAUACAGGAUCGACUGUUUGUGUAACGCCAUAUAAGUGUGUCCAGCUGAACGAUUAUUACUCGCAAUGUCAGUAA